UAAUAGAAAAUAUUAUCAAUAUUAUUAUUAUUAUUAUUCUUAUUAAUCAUGUUUCUUGACUUUUCUUAUCUUUCUCCUUGUUUAUUAAUUAUUAUUUUAUGGAAGAGCUGCAAGUUGAUUGGCCACACAUUUCUCAGAGCGAGAUCUCUGAUCGAUAUCUAGCACCGUGGACACAAGGCUUUAUACUAUGGUGUCAGUCUGCCUUCUAUAUUUACUGAGCAAUAGAGAUAGACUGAUGCUGAGAGCGCGAAAACGUGCAAAACGCAGCCACAGUAAUCAUAUCAGUUAUGUGUCAUACUGUCGUGACGAGGAUGACGUUCUGCUCAUCCUCUGUCUGAAAAGAUAAUCGUUCCUCAACCACUCUACUACAAAUCGCAACUCUUGAAAUCGCGUAUCUUGAAAGUCUGUACCGAUUUCGAAACUUAACAUUACCGAAUAUUUCAACCGGGCCUAAUCUGUCACAAAAAAUACGAUUAUCUCGAAAGAUUACUUGUAAAGGUAAAACAAAAGAAAGCUGAAUAUGGAUAUCGAUAAUCAAAGUGAGGACGAAGAAAUUAAGAAGAAUUCUUCCAAGGAUAUGAAUAACAGCAUCUUACAGAAGGAAGAUGGAGACACAGCCCAUUCCAUGAAUAUUAAACCACAAGUGAUUGUUGAUCAUCAUAAAUCAAGCUCAUCUUCUUCAAGAAAGAAACAUACUGAUAAAGGAAGUCAUGGAGAUAAGAAGGAAAGUAAAUCGUGUCUACAGAAAGGCAAAGACAGGCUCGAAGAGGAGUACAAACAUCAUAGACAUGUUGACGAGAAUUUAGAGGAGUAUUCGCAUGUAUCUGAACAACAACAGAUUAGUUCUUCUCAAGAAAACAAACAGUUUUUAUCGCGUUUAUACACAUCAAAACAAGAGUUUUUAAAAGAAUAUAGACAGCUCUACCUUGGAACAGCAAAAGUCGAAGAGCUUUAUCUCCUGAUGUUAACAAACCUGAUAUGGCCUUUAAAACAGGCCAUAUCAGAGGGUAAUAUUGAUGACUUAAAAAAAGUAAGCAAUUUAAUUGAUUAUGCAAAAGACCAAAUAACUUUGAGGAAUUAUUAUGUUCCUGAUAAUAAUCCUAUUAAAAAUACUAAUGUAGUCAUCUUAGCUUGUAAAUAUAACAAAGUAAACGUUCUAGAAUGCUUAUUUGGCAGUAAUAAUAGAAUUUUUAAUAAUUUAACUAUUGAUAUCACAAGAACUAAUAUAUUACCAGAUGAUAGAGAUGAAGAAUGUCAUAAUGCGUUUUAUUAUGCUAUACGUGCAGGUAACAUUGAGCUUCUUAAUACCCUAAUCAGUAAAUGGCCGGGUAAUUAUUUUGCUGUUCAUUUGGAAGAGUUGGAUACAAUUCUUUCAAAAGCUUAUGAAGAAUUGAACUUGAAGAAUGUAUCCUUGUCUGACAAAAUGGCCAUUUUUGUUGAAAAUAAGUUACUAGAUCUCCGUUUCUUCUCUAACGCUUCAAAACGGGACCAAAGAUUCAAGACUAAUCUUAAUAAUAUCAGAGAACGAAUUGAAUUAGUGCUUCAAAACAUUAGCUUACUAAAGAGAGAUUACUUCAAUGCGGAAAAAGUAGAUGAAAGGUUUUUAUUUGUAGCAAAGUUUAUUGCAGCAAAUAUUCAUAUAUUAAAACGGCAGUUAAAAUCAACUUAUGAUAGGUUACCUUGGGAAGAAAUAGAAUUCUGUUUAGUCAGUUUUAUUUCUUCUCACAUAAAACGACAAGAGAUUAAUCUAUUUUAUUGUUUUACAUUGAAUAAAAGCAAAAUAUUAACUUAUUUAGAAAAUUUUGCGAAGAAAGUUGAAGAAUAUAUUAUAAAAGGGAAUAGCGUAAAUAUUGCUGAUCUUCCAACCUUAAAACGUGAAAAGGUUAUUGCAGAGAUUAUUAACAGUUAUCCUCCAUUCGAAGAGUUGUAUAACGAUUAUCAACAAAUUAGGGAUAUUCAAUCUUUAACGAAAAUAAGUGAUCAUAUAAAGUUGGCAUUGUCAGUUAAUUGUAAGGAAAGAGAAGGCCAGUUAAUUAUUACAAGGGUUUUACAAAUUAUUGGUGAGCAUUUAAAAAACACCUUAGAGUCUCCUAAGUUAUCUAAUACUACAAGUGAGCUUUUGCUGCUAUCAUUACCGAAAAAUACAAGAAAAAUAAUUAUGGAUUUACGUAAUUCGUUAUCACAUGCUGAGUCACUCUUUAAUAGAACGGAGAUUGAGGAUAAUAAAGAUGUUAAUUUUUUUAUUGGUGUUCAAAACGAUAUUAAGAAAGUUGGUGAUGUAAUUACUGAUAUUUUUUACAACAAAAAAAUCAAACUACUCAGAAUACUUUUAAAAACGAUAAUUAAAAGUGACAAUUGCAGUGAAAUAAAAGAAGUUGUUGAAGUAUUUGCUACUGCUGAAAUCGACAAAAUGAUUUCGGAAAAUGAAAAUUUCAAACUAAUGGAACACGAGAAGCUUGAAAAUCGUAUUAAAGAAUUGAGCGAUAAUAUAACCGAUAAGACAACUUAUGAAAAGGAGUUGUUCAAUAAGAUUAAUAAGAUAAUCAAUCCUGCAGAUAUCCAGUCAGAAAAUAUUACAAGUAAUUACGUUACACAAUUUGGAGUAUUAAAGAGGUUAAGUAAUUUCUCUGAAAAUAUCGACCACAACAAUAUUAUAGGAAUAAAAUACCAUGCUAAUCAAACAUUAGAGAAUUUGACUUUAAAACUAAAACCUCAUAAUCUUCAAGAAAUUGCACAGUUAGUAUUGAAAAUUUUUUGUAGUGUUAGGUCAAGAAUGCAAGAUGAACAGUUCAAUAAAGUGACCAACUUAACUUGGGAAAUUUUUUUUAUUGUUGAAUUUGGAACGAACAACAUUGAAUGGAUUAAAAAAUUCAAGAGGGAGUUAAAUAAAAAAAUUUUUUUAUUCCUACAUAUAAACAAGGGAAGACUUACAAUAUUACACAAGAAAAAUAUAAUACUCAGCUUGCACGGACACUGUCUGAACUGACAACUGUUUUAAACAAGAAGUUAUUAAAUGGCCAAUUAACUGAAACAUUCCCUUGUUAUAAGAACGAUAAAAAAUUACAAGCAGUA